AUGUCUGUGAACAUUAUCUUGAUUUGUGUCGUUUUGUUGAUUAUUCAACGUUCUGUAGUUAGUCUCAAGUGUUACAAAUGUUCUGGAGGCACUCCUGGUUGUGGUCCACUAUUUAAUGCAAAAGACGCUGGAGUCACGAUAGUCGAAGACGUUGGAAAUAUUGUAUGCCUGAAAAUGGUUCAUUUGAGUAACGAUAGGUUUAUGGAGCGACGGGGUGAUACUACCAGUUGUACAACCUCUAUCUCGUCUCCUUCAGCGACGACGGAUGGAUCUGUUAAUUACUGUUGCUCUACAGAUCUGUGCAAUGGUGCUCAAAUCAAAUUAGCCAGUAUUAUGCUUGGUUUAUCAUUAGCUACACUGAUUCUCUUUCUUACCAAAUAA